AUGCUUCCCUUCCGCCCUUCUACUCGUCUCCCUUUCGUCCUACUCCCCGUUUUGCCUGCUGCUUCGGGAUCUGCACGGGUACGGGUAACCCGCGCGGGUCACGGGUAUGGGUACUACUGGGGUACGGUAAUAGCGGACGCCAUACUUCCCGCGUGCACGCUACAACCGGCACCACCACCAACACCGGCACCUAACGCGCCUUCCCAAGUCCACCAACUCCACGUUCACAGCGCGCGCGCCCGAAACGCGUCAACAAGUGUUGACGCGAUGCAAACACACGCGGACGACACGCGAAGACGAAAGGACAAGAGAAUCGAGGAAGGGAGAAGGGAUGGUAUAGAGAUGAAGGAGGAAAGAGGAACUCGAGGAGACGAGACUUUGGGCACGCUGAAACAACAACAACGACGUCAUAUGUGUCACGUCGCCAGCGCCUAUCUUUGUGCGCCCAGCACUCGCACCACCACCAGCUUUCACGCCAAUGCCACCAUCCACGACGCCAACGCCACCAUCCACGACGCCGACGCCACCAUCCUCGACGCCAAUGCCACCAUCCACGACACCAACACCACCAUCCACGACACCAACACCACCAUCCCAUCUACGACGCCAACACCUACGCAACACACUGACUCGCCAGCAUCAAGCGUACACGCUCAGACCACGCCAGCGAAUGCUGGCGUGGCUCGAAUGCACACGGAAGACACCAGGACGAAGAGAGAAGGAAAAGAGGCGGAACGAGAGGAGGAAGGAAUGAUCUUGUCACCUGGCAAUACUAUGUUUGUGAACAAGCUCACGAGCAUACACCCCCGCGUUCUCGAUUUUGAUAAUUGUCCCCAGGAACGGCAUGAAUUCUGUCGGAUUUACAAAUUCUCAGUCAUUCUCGCCGGGGGGACGUCUAUUGCUACCUAUCUACCUCUUUCUUGUCGAUUUUCACUGGGGCUAAGCGCUAAGCCCCUCGCUGGGGUUUAUUCGCUUCACGAACAAGUUAUCGAGAAAAACCUCAUGGGGCAAGGUUCUCUGAUCGGCGCCCGCGCCGUCACGUGGCAGAAUGGACAAGAAACAAAAAUAGUUGAUUUGAAUUUGCUGCACAGCCUGGACUCGACAUGGAUCUGCUGCAGUCCGGAUGAAUUGCACAUCGUCUGCGGGUCUGAAGACGGAACAGCGAUUAUCUGGGAUACCAACCAAGGCAAUAUCGCGGGAUAUCCUAUCAGAACUAGCCACUCGCAUGUAUAUGCAGUACGCUAUUCAUCUGAUGGUGGAACACUUGCAACGAGCGGAUACAACAACACGGUCACCUUUCGGGACGUCAGGACAAAAGAGGCGCUCCACUCUGUAGAAGCAUAUCAUUUAUCGCAGCAGGUCCAUCGUACGGACCUCAUAUGA